UCUUUCGGAAGGAUUUCUCAUGACGACGGUCGAAACAUUGACUGCCGAUGUAGGCAGUGUGCGCACUACUGCAAUGGAACCAGAUGCUUUGCCCCCGGAAAGUGAGACUGAAAUCCCCCCCGAGUCACAACCCGAGAACGAAAAGGAUCGCCGAGUGGAAGGGGAAGAUGAAUCGUCAAAAGCACCCAAGUCCCAGUUGGACACAAUCCCGAGGGCGACAGUAGAGGAGUGGUUCAAAACCAGCAAAAGCUCGCUCUCUCGAUUUGAGGAGCUCGAAAGCCGGACCCAGAGAGUUGUGGACGCGCAUGGGUUUGACUGGCAGGAUGCCUUGCAGGACAUCUCGUCAAGCCUUUUCGAAGAGAUGCAGAUGUUGCGCGACUUGAAUGAGCCCCAGGAGAUCGACAUCUCUGUUGCAAAAAUCCGUUACCUCCCCUGGGGUGAAGCAGCCACCUUGGACUGUCCGCCUGCCAAGCACUUCGCCAUUGAAAUUCCCCACAACGAGCCUUCAGCAGGCGAUAUCCGAGCCAGUACUGGGGGUAGCGGACAAUCGGUCGCUCUCCUGACUGGAGAAGAAGACACAGACAGCCUUCCCUUGACUACUUUACCCGAACGAAUCCGCAUCAACUCUCAUCGCCUGAAACACUUGCUAGAUUAUGAGUUCGGUAACGGGGACUUGUCCUAUCACGGUGGCACCCCCUUGUCAAUUCUCCGGCCCUUCAAACUCUUGGUCUAUUUUGAUAAGCCAAUUCGGGCCAAGCUGGCAGAGUUUGAAGCUGCCCGGAAGGAGAUACAGGAUCUGUCGGAGGAGGAGUACAUUCAAGCCCUAGUGGACUCUUCUGUCGAGGACAAGGGCUAUUCCAAGGAUGAUUGGCCAUCGAUGAGUGUGUUAGAGUUGACCGCUCUGAUCAUGGAUUGUCGAUGCUUGACGCAAUUCAUGGAUGAAACUCUCCGUCCAGCACAGAUGUACCUGGCCACUGCCCCGGAGAUGGUGCGAUUUUCUGACCUUUGGUUCCUCUUCGCCCAAGGCUCCCUUGUGUAUAUCAAAGGCAGCAAUCCCCCCCAGAAGAUCUGGAAGGUGGUGCAACGCACCGGCGGCCGCCGGAUCCUGGAAGGGUCGGGGCAUCCCAGAGACAAAACUCUCGGCACCUGGACCACUUUCGUGCUAGAUUGCUUCUAUUUAGACUAUGAUGGAACCCGCUUUAUUCCCGUCUUCCGUCAAUUUGAAAUCAGUGGUUUUGAUGGCACCCAGGCCGUCAAGUCCCUCCCAGUCCUUCCUCUCCCUGUUGCGGAGCGAGAAGGGCUCACAGACCGAGCAUACCUGGCCACGCGAGGGAAACAGUUCGUUGAAUGCACGCAGCAAAUCCUUCAUCUGGAUUACAGCGGCCGAUGUCACUACUUAGACCCAUCCGGCCGAAAAUUGACUGAUAUGGUCGACAAGAUCCCCUCUAGUGCCUCUUGCUAUUCUGAGCAAAUUGAUAGCGAUGUGAUAGUGGACUUCGCACGUGCCCUAGGGGAAAUUCCUUGGUGGCGUCCCGUGACAAAUGACCAUACUUUUGGCGAAACUCUCACGGCGGAGACAGGCACCGAUACAGGAAUCGAGAGAGAUGCGGUCUGGGAUAAGCGGUUCACCGAUGACUUUAUGGAGGCUCAGACACUCAUGUGGGAUGCCUGGGCCAAGACCGGAGGAGGGCCAACCGAUGAUGACCUGCUAAUUUUGCCCGACCGGGUUUUUGCAUUCGUGCUAUCAACUAGACGAUGGGCAUGUCUUCAAAUUGGACGGGACCCGAGUGGGAAUGAGCGGCUGCGAAAGAGACCUGCCAAAGAAAACCCCUGGCUCAAAUUACGUCUUCCGGAUGGUCACAAGGACCUGGUUCAGUCUUUGAUCCACUCGCACUUCAACAGGAACAAGUCUGGGAGUGUCCAUUUUGACUUGUUGAGGAACAAAGGGAAUGGGGUUACAAUCCUCUUACAUGGGGUUCCCGGAGUCGGGAAGACAUCUACGGCUGAAUGUGCUGCCAUUAGCAAUGGCAGACCUCUACUUCCCAUAACGUGUGGUGAUCUCGGACUCACAGCGGGCGAAGUAGAAGAAAAACUGAAGGAAAUCUUUCGUCUCGCUCAGGAUUGGGGUUGCAUUAUGCUCUUGGAUGAAGCUGAUGUUUUCCUGGCUCAACGCCGGGCAUAUGACGUGGAGAGGAAUGCACUUGUCUCUGUUUUUCUCCGCACCUUGGAGUACUAUGAGGGAAUUUUGUUCCUCACCACGAAUAGAGUUGGCGUAUUUGAUGAAGCCUUCAAGUCCCGAAUCCACAUGUCGCUCUAUUAUCCGCCACUGAACUGGCCUCAAACAUACGAAAUCUGGUCGGGUCACAUUGACGAAGCGAAUAAGGCUGGAAUAAUUGCCAGCAAGGGUGAGUUGACGAGCUUUGCGAAUCAGAUCUUCUACGCUCAAUGUCGUCCGGGGUCGGGACCUGUUUGGAACGGUCGACAGAUUCGUAAUGCCUUUCAGAGUGCCCUUGCUCUGGCGGCAUUCCAUACCAACGAGGGGGCCAAGAUCCAACUUCACGCAACCUAUUUUCAUAACGUCUUCACCGUGUCGGACAACUUCAGCAGAUACAUCUGGAUCACCCAGAAAAAACAGGACGAUGCUGAGCGCAACUCAAGCUCAAUGGUAAGACGAGACGACUUUACCUAUGAUACGACAGGGGUGCUCAACCUGCAGCCUCCUCAACAACCCACUGUUAUGCAGCCAUCGUACACCCAGGGAGGUAUGCCAGCGUCAUCCUUGUCUCAAGGUCACCCAAGCUCACAGCAAAUGGGGGCCGUCGGUAGUGGCCAGCCUUAUAUGGGAGACCCGCGGAAUCUCCAGGCGGGUAACCAGAAUAUUUCCCUUCCCAUGGGUCCGCAAUCUGGCCAGCAAUUGCAACAACCAAGUCCACAGCUAGCCCUGCAUCCCCAGCUCAAUCUUUCGAGCAACAAUCUUAACGAUAAUUAUAACUUGCAUUCUAGUGGCCAAUCAUUACAACAACCGAGCCCACAAAUUAUACCGCAACCCCAAGUGAAUAUGCUCAGCAAUAACAACGCCAACGAGAAUUAUGCCAUGCAACAGCAACAGCAACAGCAACAUGCCCAAUUUAUCUCUCUAUCUGAAGCCGUGGCCUCCCAAAACCAAAAUACUGGAUCGCAGUCCGCAUUGCCGCCUCCCGGUCAACACUUCAACCACCAACCCUCAACCAACUUCCCCCGUUAGGACUAAAGGCACUCAGCUACAUGUAGCCCAAACUUAUGGCUUUGAGCUUUUACCCACUUUGCAUUGGAGCAGUCGAAAAUGUCCGGCUUGGCCUUAGGAACUUUGUUGCAGGAUCGUGAGGGAGGUUCCUCAUCCCGUUAUAAUGCCAAUCGGGUCGAGAGUGAUUUGAAUUCAGGAUGAAACAAUUAAGUUAGG